GCGUAUAGGUAUACGAUGAUAAAAUGCUGGAGUAUUUACCAGCUCUUGUUUUACGAAGGCCAUCUAAUCUGCACUGAUAUCAUAGUUUGAGUUAUGUUAUGACUGACUGUUGUGACAUGUCGGAUAGGAUAUCGAUAAUCAUAUGCGUAGUUUUACCGUCAUAAAGUGUAGUAAAAAAAAAUUUUAAACCAAACUGAUUCGUAAAAAUUACAAGUUCUAGAAAGUAUUUUAGCACAAAAUUUCAUAUAAAUAUCAAAUCGAAUAUUGAUCGCACUUGAUGUGCGUUACGUGUUAUUAUACCAGUUGCUUUGCGCGAUGAAACGUCGUCAUAGGUAUGGAUUCUUUCGAUCUCGAGGCGCGUAAAUAAAAUCGUGGGGACAGAUAGUAGAAGGUGGCUUAUUAUAAUGAUAAAUAAAGAUGAGUCUUCAGUAACUGUUUGGAAACCUGCAAAAAUACUCACAUGUCCAGCUGAUUAUAAAUUUGCCAUUGUAGUUUUAAAUCAACCAAUACUUUUAGAACAUGAAUAUGUAUUGUCUUUAUGGGAAAAAGCACAAGUUACUGUCACUGUUGAUGGAGGCACAAAUCAGUGGAUGGAUUACUUAGGAUCCGAAGCAAGCAAUAUAUGGAAUGGAACGAGUGACAACUACCUACCAAAUCUAGUUAUGUGAUGGAAACUGAUUAUACCAAAUCUCUCAUUCAGCUGGGACAAUAUACUCUUAAAAAUAACAUAAAAUUGAAUGGCAUUCACGUUCUUGCUGAAACUUCAGGAAGAUUAGAUCAAAUUGUAUCAAACAUCAAUACUUUGUACAAAUCUCACAAACUCUUUAAUGAUGUGCCAGUAAUCCAAAUAGCUGGUGAAUCCUUAACAUGGCUAUUGAAACCAGGUGUACAUAAAAUCAUUAUCCCAGAGGAGAUAGUGAAAAGCAAAACUUGGUGUGCCUUAAUCCCAUUUGGAAAUGCAAAUAGUUGCGUGAGCACUACUGGUCUGAAAUGGAAUUUAAAUAAAACUUGUAUGAAAUUUGGAGAACUAGUGAGCACAUCAAAUACUUAUGAUGGCCAUCCAGAAGUGACAGUUGAUACUAAUGUAAAUCUAGUCUGGUGUAUGGGAAUCAAACCUCUUACAAGAGUGGAAUCAUGAGUAAUGAAAUAUACUUUUUAUUAUUGUAAAUUUGUUACCUUAGUUACAAACGUUUUGAAGCUAAACGAAUAAGGAUAAUAUAUUAAAGAAAAACGAAGCAGCUGUUGGCUAUAUGCUAGACUUCACCGUGAUUCAAGUUUAUAAUAAACUACAAGAAUUGUUUACUGUA